UAUACAAUGGAGGAGGAAGAGGAAAUGUCAGCCGAUUGUCUAGAUACUUCAGAAACGUCCACAGAUUCUUCCAAAUCGUUAACAAGCUCUUCAAGAUCUUUAAUGGACACAAUAGAAUCUUCAAUAGAAAUCGAGGCUUCUACAACUAAAUCUGAGGAAUGUGACAAGAAAAUUGUUCAAAUGAAAAAUGGUGGAUUAAUUGGCAAUUACAAAGUGGUGAGACGACUUGGGGAAGGUGGUUGCGGGGUCGUCUAUCAAGUAAAAGCAAAUAACAAACACUACGCAAUGAAAGUUGAACGCUUGGAUAUGGACAAAACUGAUCAACUUUUGGGAAUAGAAGCUCAUGUUCUCAAGCGUCUGCAGUCCUCUCCUUACACUGUUCAGUUCAUUCAGUGUGGGACUUGUCAAAGCCUUCGUGUGCUCAUUAUGGGAUUGCUGGGCCCUUCUAUAGAUGAAUUACGGAAGCAAGAAAUUAAAGAAAGAUUCAAUAUGGGGACUGUGUUGAGGAUUGGCUUUCAUGCUUUGCAGGCAGUCGCAUUUGUUCAUUGUUCAUAUUUUGUCCAUCAAGAUAUCAAGCCUAGCAAUUUUGCCAUUGGAGUAAACAACACCAGACGAAUCUAUCUAUUCGAUUUUGGGCUUUCUAGAGCACUUAAAAAACGUGGCGAUAUGGAAUUGCGUACAAUGAGGGAAGAUGUUUCAUUCCGAGGAACUUCAGGAUAUUGCAGCUUGAACGGUAUUUUUUAA